AUGGCCCUGCACGCCCCUCUGUUCCCGCUGUGGGUAAAUUGGCUGUCCCAGCCGUCGCCAGAGCGCGUUGCCGCCUGGUCGGCAGUGGUCGCCAAGCCUCAGUCUGAGCCCGGAAAGGCGACCACGGCGACGAAGCCCCCGGUGCCUCCGGCUCCGAAGCCCUCGACAACAUCCGCUGAAAAGCCUCCUCGCCCCGAACCCGCGGCUCCCCUUGCCGCAGCUGCCGCUCAGUCUGCGGCCCCUGCUGCUGCUGAGCGGUCCGCCCCGUCUGCGCCAACUGCUCCCCAGGCUCCACUUGAAGCCCCGACAAAGACUGACGCCACACUCCCGGCUCCCGAUCCCGUUGGGCCACCAGCUGCCGGCCACGAGCCGCAGACUUCUGCGCCUGCCUCGUCCCCGCAGGCGGCGUCCGCCACCACUGGCGGCCCGGCACAGUUGAUUGUGCCCCCUGCAGUGGACCCGGCUGCCCCUGUUGCGCCGCCCGUGGCUCAGCAGGCGCAGCUGGCGUCGCAGUCUCGUCCUCCCUCGCCGGACCGUCGCCUAUCUCGCCCCCAUUCUCCAGCGCCCCAACAGGAUCGGGCGUCCUCCCGGCGCCGGCGCAAUUCUCCCCGGCGCAAUCAACAGUCGGGUCAGUGGCAAGCACACCGUGGCGGUCGCGGUGGCUGGUGGGGUCCUCGCGGUCGCAAUGGCGGAGGAUCGUAUGAUCCGCCCGUGAGGAUGGCGGAUCUGCAAAGGGCGGUAACGACCGCGAUGCGUGAGGAGAGGGCUGCUCAGACCCAAGGCAGCUCGCACGUUGCCGCCGCCUAUCCAGCUCAGCGUCAGGCGGCGCUUCCUGAGGUUCCGCUUCCUGCUGCACCAGUCCAAUCUCGUGUUCCGGCCCCAUCGCCUCCCGCUGUUGCUGCGUCUGCUCCCGUUCCAGGGUCGCGGUUGCAUCUGCCGCCCGUCCCGCCCGUGGCAGGAGUUGAAUUUGUGGCUGUGGGAGGCGGGGCGGCGACGGCGGGUGGCCCGGCUCCUCUUGCCGUUGAGGAGCCAUUCCAGUUCCUUGCUCAGGCGCUGCAACCCCCUCAGGCCCGUGUUCCGGAGGCGACCCUCGGCCAGCUCUUCCGCCUCGCGGAGAGCUUUCACGCACUGCUUCUGAUACAGGUUCUUGCACAUUCGUCUCUCCCUGCGGCCCCCCCUGAGUUGUUCCUGGAUCGACAUCGCGAUUCUUGCCUGGACGCAGCCGAUCAGCUUGCAGGGCUGCUGGCGCCCGUGCUGGCUGCGCCCGCCGAGGGAGGCGUUGCGGCGGCGGGGCCGCUUGAUGAGGCCGUGCGCGGCUUGCGGCGCCAUUUGCGUGCUGGAUCUGGAGCCGCCGCGAUCGGCGCAAGCACGCUUGUGGUCCGGGAGCUGUGGCGCUCCCUGACGGGUGUUCUUCACGCCCUCGGAGCUCACCGCAUGUAG